GUCAGUGUUGCUGAGGCUGUGAGGGAGGGAGGGUCUCGCCGCUCCUGUAGUCGGGCUCUCGCAUGCCUGGUACUACUUACGCUUCUGUGUUGGGGAAAUAUUCCCAAGUGCAAUUAGAAACCAUGUAAAGUGAAAUAAAAUGGCGGUGUCUGAGGAGUUUGUGAACCAACUCCGACAAGUGUUUGAGGUGUGUGAUGUGGAGAACCGUGGAACUAUAAGUAUCACUCAUCUCCUUCAGUUAGCUGGGGAACACUUCGGCUCCUCGCAGAAUAGCGUGACCUCGGCCGUGGGGAGUCUUGGGGUCAGCAGUGAUGCCAUCACCUUCCCCCAGUUCUGUGAGGUCGUCGCCACCAUCCUCACCUCCCAUGGAACGCGGUGUUGGUCGCCAUAGGAAAUACGGGUAUUCUGUGGCGUGCUGUGCCAGUCCAAUAACUGUGGGCGUGGAGAGGAUGCCAGGUGACGAGCGUGGGUCUCCCUCAUCCCUCACUGACUUUGACUCGGCACUAGGGGGCAGCACCGCCUCCCCGGACUCCACAAGGAAGACACAUAGUGGUUGUUCGAGUAUGAGUGAUCGCGAGGAAGAAAACUUUGAGUGCUACGGUGAAGCUGAUGAUAUCGAGUGCGACUCUGACUCUGCCAGAAUGGGUGAUGAUCUGGAUGGCAGCAUCAGAAGUCCCCCACAUUCUCUACCCCCUAGUAAUUUUAGCCGCAGAAAUUCUUGGGUCAGAAGAUCUUUACGUGGCUCCCCAUCCAGCGCACAGGAGAAAAUCAUCCCUCCUAGACGUUGGGCUUCCUUCAGACACGCCCCUAAGCGGGUUGGAGGCACGGCCGUGGCUUCCCAGCUCUACCGCACCUCUUCCUUCUCCUCCGGCCGCUCCUCUGUAGCUGAUCAGGAAGAUAUGUACUCUGACGCAUCUCUUGAGGACGACGUACUCGACCUCAACCAUAAGGUACAAAUGUUGCAGCAGCAAGUAGGAGUUUUAGCGGAGAACCAGGUGAACUCUGAUGACAGGUUCUCCAGAGUCAAACAGGACAAUGCAGCCUACCAAGAAAGAGUUGUGAUGCUAGAGGAGCAGCUGCGUGAGACGGAGCAACGACACGGAGAGAGACACUCGGAAGAGCAGCGGAGGAACAGAGAACUCAUAACCCGAAUUGAAAGAGAAAAGCAACUCACUAUAGAAAAUUAUACUAUUAAGUUAUCCAGCUUGGAAAAAGAAAAGAAUACAAUAGAUGACGAGUGUAAGCGAUUGAAGGCACAGGCAGACAAGCUACAGAAGGAGAAGGAAUCCCUUGAGGAUCGGGUUUCCGAGGCAGAGUUUUCAGCUUCUACUCUGCAACAGGAUAAUGCCAAGUUAAUGGAACUAAAUAGGAGAGAGAAAGAAGAAAGGAAAAUGGAGAAAGACAGAAGUGGACAGGUAAUAGAAGAACUGCGAUGUGAAAUAGAGCGGCUUCGAACGGCAGAAGAAACUGCUAGGAAGCGCUCACCAAGUAUAGACCCUCAAACUGCACAGUCUGCAGAGCUACAGGCUACUAUUAGGCAACUUAGAGACGAGAAUAAAAAUCUGGUAGAGCAAGUUGAGGAUCUUCAAGCACAGUUGUUGACAUCACGUUUGGAAGAGGGACGUACACUUGUAACUGCAACGAAUAACAACUCAUUGGCUGCAGAGUUUGAGGCAAUGACUAGUGAAGAGGAUUCACUCUAUGGCAGUGACACAGUCGAAAAGCUCAAGAAAUCCUUGAAGGAUGCUCAAGAAGCCAACCAUCAUCUACGGGCUUACAUAGACGGCAUUCUUCUCAACAUUGUGGAAAAUUAUCCACAACUGCUCGAGGUUAAGCAAAAAUGAUACUAAACCAAAGGAUUUAUAUUUUAUAACGGUUUUAAUUUUAUACUUUUAAUGUAAUGCUUGAACCCAACCAUGAAGUUUAACUUAGUUACAGUAUAUCUUGCUAUGCAGUGUUUUCUCAUGUGGCAUAUAUUUUUUGUAAAAAAAAUAUUUCUUGUAAUUUGCUAAAAUUUUACAAGUUUGUAAGGCUAGCAGUUUUGUACAGUAACACCAGGGGAUGAAAAUUAGCUCUAAAUGCAUUUGCAAAUAAAAAAGCAACUUGAUUUUUAUUGGAUCAAUCAUGUUACAUAUUUGCUCGUUAGUUUCACAACAGUGUAAAAUUCUAUAAUGUUUUAGCUGCAAAUUACUUUUAAAAUAUGAAUUUUAUAUAAAUCAUAAAUCCAUGAAGGCAAUUUAUAACAAGUAGAUUAAAAAGAAAACAAAAUGGGUAAUCUUGACAAAACUUUUAAUUGACUAUUGUGCAAAUUUCUUUUAAAUAUUAAGAUGUGUGGGUUGAGGUUUGAAGCUGACCAAUAUUUUAAAUGUACAGUUCUGAAAUUUAUGCAUUUAAAGGAUAUUUAUGUAUUUUUAUUUUGGGAGGGGAGGGGGGCAUAAAUUUCCACACGUUGUGGUAUACAAUGUGCCCAACUAAUGUUCUGUUAUCGCUCCAACAGAUCAUUGUGCAUGUAUAUAUAUAUAUAAAUAUUACAGUUUGAUAACUUGUAUAUAAAAAAAUUGGAAGCUUAGAAUAAUUAGCAAAGUGCAGAGCAUUUCCAACAUGUACUUAAGUUGCAGGUCUAGUUUCAUUAGAUCAAAUUUUACAAGUUUUGUUAUAAAUAUGAAACAAUUUUAAAUACUGUAUAUUAAUUUUGUUGGCAUGUACUCAAUGAUUCAGAUACUUAUAUGCUGUCAGUACAAUCUGGUAGUGUGUAGAAGGUGUGUUAAUGAUAUUUGUAAAUGUAUAACAUCUAAAGUGAUAGUGAAACUUAUUUAUUGGUGGGAAGUUUCCUUGUGGAUUAUAUUAGUGAUGAAGAAAAUUGUGUGACUGUGGUCAAAUAGUGUCCAGAUACGUUUGUCUAGCACUCUUAUGAUAUCAAGACUUUGGCAGAUUAGUAGUUGCGUGCCCACUUGACUGUUCCAUGUUAUUAGAUAUUUGGAGUAUAUAAUUGUAGCUAAAUUUUAUGAAUUUAUGAAUAAUUUAUGCAAUGUAAAAGAAAAAAUAUAAUUUUUGUUUGAAAGCUGCAUGAUGUUGCUUUGCUGUGAUACAUAGCAUUAAUUUCAAUAUCUUUAUAUAAGGACAUACCUUUUAUAUUUCAUGUAUUUAAUUUAUAGGGACAUUCAAUCUUCAAAGAUUGAAAAAGUUCUCAUUCACCUGUAAUUGAUUGAGAGAUGUAUGUUUUUACAACAGUCUAUAUAAUAUGAAGAACAUAUUGUCAUGUUGUCUUGGUGCAUUGAAGACAUAAUUGUUAUUUAACAGUUUACAUGUGUUUUGCUGGAUUCUUUAAGUCAAUAACUACAUAUAAUCUGUGAUAACUACUAAUGACACUUACCAUUCAGUUGAACAUCUGUACAUGAAACCAUUUACCCCUUUUUUUUUUGGGGUGGGGCGGUCAUAUUUUGAGGUACUGUAUACUCACUUUUAACCCUCAAAAUGCGGUUGACGUUACCCGUUGAUUGUGUAGUGAAAUGUGGUCAUUAUAUUAUAACAAUGUCAUAGUUUUAUUAUAUUGGUGUUGCUCGUAUGGUUCCACUAGCUCAGUGGUGUCUCCCCAACAGUCAUUAAAAGCCACAAAACAGUUUUGGAGUCUUUAGUCCUUCAGCUCUGUCUUCCAUAAUCAUGACAGUAGCACUUGCAUAGUUUAACAUAUACAGCAAAGUUAUUUACUGUAUAUGAUAGACAUUACUUUUUACUUUUUUUGCAUACAAAUAUCUUUUGAACACAUUUCAGAUGAUAAUUAUAUAAAUGUUUAUUUUGUUUUUCUCAUUUUGAUGAUAAUUUUGAUGGCUGCACUUUGAGGGUUAAAAAAAAAAUCCAAGCAUUUUGAAUUGGUUUUGUUUUAAAGGUGACACAUAAAUACAUUUUAAUUUCAUAACACAAGACAAUAUUAAUGUUGUAAUCUAUUGUACUGAUCUUAUGUACACUAUUUUAUUUUUUUUGUACAGACUGUGAAUUAUUCACAGUAUCUAAUUUUGUAUAAAUUAGAUAUUGACAGAUUUGUCAUAUGGUGGUCUUUUCAGUCACAUUUUGUGCGGAACCGUCCAUUCUCGUUUCAUAUUUAUUCUUGUUUACAAUGUUAUAUCUUGGAGAUGAAACAGGUAGUCCUAUAUAAUAUACUGCAAAAAUGUUCCUGAUUCAUUGUCUUGUACAUACUGUAAAUACUGUAAUGUGUUGACUCUUUAUGUAUUCCCCAAAAAGAUUGUACUUGUGGUAUGAGUAAUAACCUUUGUCAAUUCAAGUUUGUAUGAAAGGAAUGAUUGACCAAUACAUUUAUUUUGUUGA